AUGUCCACUAAACCUAUUAUCUCUUCUUCAAGCUCUCCUAGUUUAUCUUUUUCAACCUCUCCUAGUUUAUCUUCUUCAAUCAUUACACGUUCACCAUAUUCCGAUGUACCAUUUGCCCAGCUUCAAAAUGCUAUUACAGCAAAACUUGAAGGAUCCAAUUAUCUGUUAUGGAAGGCACAAUUUCUUCCCUUUCUCCAGGGCUAUGACCUUGGAAAAUUUGUUAAUGGUUCACACAACUGUCCACCUGUUCUAACUCCUGAAGGAACACCAAACCCAUUAUUCGCUCACUGGAUCCAUAGGGAUAAACUCAUUCUUGGAUGGAUUUUCUCAACCCUCACCCAACCCAUUCUUGCCAAAGUUCACACAUGUGUUUCAUCUGCUGAAGCAUGGGCAUCUCUUGACAAGUUCUUUGCUUCUAAAACAGAAGCAAAUCUGCUCCACUUAAAACGGGAACUACAGCACAUCAAGAAAGGAAAUCAAACCAUGGUUGAUUAUCUUGCUCGUGCAAAACAACUUUAUGAUGAUAUUGUUGCUGUUGGACAUACCAUAUCAUAA